AUGUCAUUGCAGGUUCCGCAGCAGUCGAUACAACAUGCAGCUCACUUGCCGGACUUAGCAAGCGCAUACCGGGAGUUUUACCGGGCCAAGCUGCGUGCCGAUGUGCAGGCGACACCACUCAUUUUCCCACUGCACUUAACCGCGUACUGGAUUAUUCCCACAUUGUAUCUAGCUAUUCCGCACAAGAACAGACCGUGGCUGUAUCGUGCAAGAUGGCUUGUUCUAGCUCUCGUCUGCGCAUUUCAUGUUUAUAUGAUCAAGCAUGUGAAGAGCCCUAAUUUUGCUGCGAGCUAUGGCGUUGGAAUAAUAGCCUCGUGGGGCACUAUCUGGAACUUUUAUCUACUGGUAUGGACAAGACCGCAGUGGGAUGCCAGACGGGUCGAAAGAUUGAAGGUAUCCCAGCCCAUCGACAGGCUGCGUAAUGACCGGGUAGCCGAUCGGCUACCAGCAUCGCUAGAAAAGGGAGCGUCGGCCGUCAGAAAGCUCAACAGCCAAGAAGUUGCUAUUUCAGAAAUUGAUAGAAAUGCGUUCAGCUCGAGACCAGCUGGCUCCGCUGCCAAUACACCAAUAAGUGUACAUGGUAACGGAAUUACACCGACAACAGGGAUGAGGCACAGGGAAUCACAACCAGUUCAGGAGAACGGAGAUCAAGCAGGGGAUGAGGAGGCCUUGGUGAAAAGAAUAAUCCGUCUUAAUAAUAGUGACAAGAAUCCACCACUGGACCAGGAUGCGGCUCUUGAACUUUAUAGACGCGCACGGGAAGAGGAAUAUGAGUAUUACUGGCAAGAGUAUCCCGCCAACGCCUCAUUCCUGACUCGUCUUGACUGGGUAUUUGAUAUCGUCAGCACAUUCCGCCUAACCGGGUGGGAAUCUGCCCCUUCUUGUCUGCCUCCGUAUAAGCCGCCUCCUACCAUCGGCCCUUAUCAGCUACCGCUGGAAUAUGGCUCCCACAGGAGUAAGCAAGGCUACGAACGGACUGUCUCACGACGGAAAUUGGUUCUUUCCCGCUUGUUCGUCGAUUUCUUGCCGAGCUACAUUAUUGUCGAUGUUUGCGCAGCCCUGAUGACAAGUGAUCCGUACUUCGUUGCCGGGCCGGAGCACGACCACCCCCUUCCGCCACAUCUUGCCUCCCUUCACCCCGCGCUCCUCUUUCUUCAGCGCACAACUCUCGGCUUCGUCGCGGUGAUUUUUGCACUGCAAUGUUUUGGUGCUAUGCUUCUCGCCCUCUACUGCCCUCCUAUACUGGGAUUUCGUGCUCAUCCCUGGCAUUUACCGUCCUUCACAGGCUCAUUCUCGCAGGUGACGGAUCGAGGACUGUCUGGUUUUUGGGGCGCGUGGUGGCAUCAGACGUUCCGGGUCGGGUUCUCUGCGCCCACUAAGUGGCUGCUUCGCCUUGGUUACUUACCAUCUCCUCGAAGACACGGCGGUGUAUCUACUCUGAUUACCCCUGCUGUAAGCGCUAUCAUGGCUUUUGUCCAGUCGGGAAUGAUCCAUGCCGCUGGCAGUUAUACCUCAGUGCCUACGACGUACUACUGGGGCCCGCCUAUCUUCUUUGCGCUCUCUGGUUUGGGAAUGGUGUUGCAAACUAUGCUUUCUCGCGGGCUACAACGCAGGAUUGAAAGGUUACCACUUUGGUUGCGUCGUCUUGGCAACGUAGCAUUUACAUUCCUCUGGCUCCUGGCUACUGGUUGGACGCUCCUGGACGAUUUCGGACGUUGCGGUAUCUGGCUUUGGGAGCCAGUCCCCGUCUCCUUUUCUAGGGCUGCUGGACUAGGUGUUGAUAGACGUGUGUGGCGGUAUGAUAAGGACUCCUUACCCAGAUGGCAUUGGGGCUCUUGGAAUAGAUGGUGGGAAACGGGCAUUGCUGUUUAACGGCUUUAGAUCUGGUAGAAAAUAGCCUCAAAAGUGUGCGAGCAGCUGGCAAUGCUUAGGUUUUAGGGAGAUAUGAGCGUGGAAUGGAAUAGAGGCAUCGAGCUAAGAUCACGGAAAUGGCGUAUAGAUAGAUAUAAGAUCUUUUUUUCUCUCUUA